UUGAUCCAUUCAAUGCCUCCCUGUCGACAAUCGAACAACAAUUCUACAUCGACACAGACGAGGACGGCCUAGGAGACUCCGAAAACCUUCAACACGUGUCACUGAUUCGGCCGGCACAACCCCAAAAUAAACCAUAUUUCGUCAUUCGACCUUUGUCAUCUUCCAUUUGUCGCAUCCUCUGUUACCUUCCUAUCUCCAUUUGUCGUUGAUCAUAUUAUUAUUAUUUCUUACUUCUACUACCCAAUGGCCUUCACUCAGUCGUUUUUCCAAUCUUUUUCAACAAUAAACCGUUUCCCCUGUUGUUACCAUUCUCUCAAUUUUGCAGUUUGUUCUUAUCUGAUCGGAGAUAGGCCUCUGCUGCUUCGCUGGUUGAAUCUGUUUAUGAUCCCGUGGUAUGUUUGGAUCAAGUUUGUAUCGAAAACGUUAAGGUUAAGGGAUUUCAUACCAAAGACUUUUAUAAAUGGCGAUGUCACUGGAAGAUCUUCUUGCUGAGGAGGGUUUCAAGAGUGGUAGCGCGAAGAGAAUGACCAGAGCUUCAUCGGGGGCCUCCACAAGAAUCCCACCGCACCCACUUCGAGAUGAACGUAAAUUCGGCAUUCCAAGUCGUUUAAGAAAGACAGAAAGGGCAUAUUCCGAUACCCGUAGAUACGAUAUGCGUGCUGAAUCCCCGGGAACUGAUAAAGUCAUGUGUCGGAGGUCAGUAGAAGUUCUAAAACGGGGGAAAAUGAACCGAUACAGUGCCGAAUCAUCACAACAGUUUUCUUCCGAUGAGAUAGUUGAGGUCAGAGAAGGUAUUCGGAAAGUCAAAGAUGAAAUGGUGGAUAAUAGAAGGUAUAAAGAUAUAUAUCUAAACGGCGUAUUUAGUCCUCCGAUUAGCAAGAAUAAACAAUAUAACAAAGUCGGAGAAGAUUUGCAGAUUGAUAACGACUAUGCUACCGAUUAUCAAAAAGGCGGGAACCGACCCGGUUCAUCAUCUAGCAGAUCUAACAGAAGUACACAAAACAAAGAAAGUGUUCGUGACAAUCGGGCCCGCAGACCCGUUGAGAUCGAUUCUGUUACUGAAGUAGCUCUUGAUGAGGUGGCAAUCAAAGCAAUGAUUUCUAUUUUGAGCGGUUACGUAAAAAAAUACCUAAAGGAUCAAGAUUUCAGGACAUCAAUGUAUCACAAUUGCUUUGCUGCACUUAACUUUUCAAAGUUAGAAGAAGAAAUAGUUACCGAAAGCAAAGUUAUAUCUAACCUUGAACAGGCUAUAGAAACAGUCGAAAAAGCGGCGGAGAAUCUCGCUGAUGCGAAGCAGUUAAAAAAAGCUUCGUUACAGCUAAGUGUGAUCACCGGUCUAAACGCAAAUGAUUUAAAAGAUGGAUUUACAUCUGGGUUUCCGAAUUCCGUUUUAUCAGCCUGUGGUCACUUAUAUUUAAGCGUAAUAUAUCAAUUACAGAAAAAAGAACGGAUAGUAGCGAAACAUCUUUUACAAAUGUUUUGUGAUUCUCCGUUUUCCGCUCGAACCACGUUGGUUCCUGAAUUGUGGGAAAAUGUUUUUCACCCGCAUUUAUCGCAUUUAGAAUCGUGGUAUAAUCAAGAGGUUAAUUCUCUAGCAGACGACCCGCAUAACACACGGAAGCUAAAACAACUUAAGAAAGUUUAUUACGAUAUUUUGGAUUCGGGUACUUACCAAUUUGCAUUGUACUACAAGGAUUGGAUCACAGACGGUGUUGAAGCUCCCUCGAUUCCUUCGAUCCAUGUUCCGAUGAUUUCCGUUCAGAAAGUUUUAAGCGUGGGUGUGAAUGGAAACGCUUUAGAUUUUGGCAGCCCGUCGUUUUCAUCUCAUGCUAUUGUCAGCAAGAAGUUAUAUGAUGAUGUAUUUGGUCAAAUGCACAAAUCCGUAACUGCUGAGGUGGAAGACUAUCAAUAUUCACAGAGAUCAGAGGAUGAUACGUAUAGUUUUGAUGGGUCUGUAGUGGAAGAUAAAAGAACACUUACCUACCCUUUGGAAGAAGAUGGAUAUAAAGAUUUAGAUGUCAAAAGGGGCUGGGAAACUUUUCAGCAGGGUGAAAUAAUAGCGCAGGAAGAACUUGAACUACAAAGAGCAAACACCUUUGAAGGAUUAGAAGGCACUAAUAUGUUACAGUCACUUCCAGUUGCAAAAGUCAACGAACUUACUCUCAAGAGGCUAGCAAAGUUUGUAUUUGGACUGCAACAAACUGAAAAUCAGUUACAUUUGGAUGUUACGAAACAUCCCGAUUCUUCGCCAAUAAAAUCAAAUGCUGAUGGAGAACACUUUUUCUUGAAUAUACCCGAGGAUUAUAUGUGCCCUUUGACCGGACAUAUUUUCGAAGAUCCUGUGACGUUAGAGACCGGUCAAACCUACGAGCGUGUAGCUAUCAUGGAAUGGUUUAGUAAGGGCAACAAAACAUGUCCUGUAACUGGAAAAACAUUGGAAUACCAAACCGUCCCGUUCACCAACUCUAUUUUGAAGCGACUCAUUGACAGCUGGAAAUCAAAGCACUCACGGGAGAUGCUAUCCUCUGCUUCUCGGCCCAUGGGAAGCCCCCGGGAACAUGAAUACAAGGCUGAAGCAGCUGUUUUCAUAUUAGAGCAGCUUCUUACUGUUUUUGGUAGAGAGGAAAAUACCGCAAAUGCUAAGCAUUUGCUUGCUCUCGGGGGUUUACAGUUUUUAAUCCAAAGAUUUCAGUACGGAAAUUUAGACGAAAAAACUCGUGUAGCUGCAUUGCUGUCAAUGUGUAUUGAAGCAGACUCUAGUUGCAGAAAUCAUGUGGCUAGAUACGUUGAUAAAGAGGGUGUUCUUGAGUUACUUCACUGCAAAGAAGUAAAAUCAAGAUCAAAUGCCGUGUUUCUUCUUUUUGAUCUAAUUUGUUUGAACAGGAGAAAAGAUGUUCGGUUUUUCUUAAGUGGCUUGCAGAAGGAGGUUAUAGUGAGUUCUAUGCACAUUUUGCUACUUUUUCUUCAGAGUUGUUCACUUGAGCAGAAACCCUUGGUUGCUGUGCUCCUGUUACACUUGGAUCUUUUGGUGGAUCAACAGAAGUACAGUAUAUAUAGAGAGGAAGCUGUUGAUACAAUUACAUCUGCUCUUGACACUAGUCUUUUUGAUGAAAAGGUGCGAGAAACAUGUUGUAGAGCACUUCUUAUAAUGGGAGCGCGUAUCUCUUUAUCUGGGACGGUAAUCACACAGGAUUAUAAUCUACAGAAAGCUGGUUUCUAUAAUAGACCUGAAUUGGAUGUUAUUAUUCAGCCUGAAUUAGAUGUCCUAGAAUACAACGCCACCAACAUUUUGACGGAUACUGAGGAGGAAGAGGCUGUUGAAGAUUGGUUGAUCAGAUUGUCAACGUCUCUUGUUAGUGAUGGGAAAAACUCGUUUCUGGAUUCAUUUUCCCAGUGCUUGAGUUGUGGACAUCGUGAAAUGACGAAAGUAUGCUUGAUCACGAUGGUGUGGUUCAGUUCUUCACUUGCUUCUUUACCUGAGUCCGAGUUCCAGCUUUCUGCUUUCUCGGUUCUUAUCUCUAAACUAAAAGAAAACCUCGAAAAUAGUGGAUGGGUAGAGCACAAGAUUCUUGCUGCCACAUCUCUCCUUAAUUUUACCAAAAUUCCAGAUUGCAUGAACAUCAUGUUGACAAUGGCGAAUGAGAUUGCGGCUCCUCUCAGUGAGCUUCUUGAAGAAAGUUGGACUGCUAAAGAAUUGUAUGCAUUAAUCUCUCAGGAAGAUUAGUGAUCUUUUGACAUUCUGAUUAUGAUCAUACAUCCCAUGAUUUGCUUCAUAUCCUUAUAACUAGCAUGGUUUUCCGUCAUUGGUUAUGGUACUUGACGCACAAAAGGUACAUACGUGGCUAAUCGCCCAUGACCCUUGCUUUGGUAGUUUCAAUGUUUUAUGGUUGUUUAUGGGGACCCGGUUUGUAUAUUUGUUAAUAGACUACCACAGAUCUUCCCUUUUCGAUUGGUUUGAUCUUGUUUGCAUUGUACAAUUACUAUGUAUGUGUGAUCUUGGUUGUAGAACUCGAAGGAGGUCCUACGUUCAUUUGUGUUCAUAUACAAUAUACCGUCUGCUAGUUAAAUUUUGCUUUGGUUGUAGAACC